AUGGAUCCAUACAAUCAGUAUCCACCACAACAACCAGGUGGUUAUCAACCACAAGAUCCAAAUGUAAUGUACAAUAUCAGCUACAUGCCAGGGACACAACAACAAAAUAUCUAUGUUCCCAAUACAACAUCAUAUAAUACCAAUGUUUAUUAUCCUUCGAAUGAUCCUCCACUCACAAACAAUGCCCAAGUUCCAAGUUAUCUUCCAAAUUAUAAUGUACAACCUUCUCAUCAUCACCAUUCACAAGAGUAUGAAUUACAACAAAAUACUAAUAAUAAUGAUAAUACAACAGUACCACCACCAAUAACAGAAGAUGUAACUCGACAACAACACCCUACCCAUGAAUAUCCUCCAGGAUAUAUCGAAUCAGGUCCUAAAGCCCCUUCGGAAGGAGCUAACCGUCAAUCUAGUCAAAUGAGUGUGAAUGAUAUUGCACUCACCUCAAAAACAACCUUUACAAAGAAGAAUGAUGAGGAUAUGACUGAUAUUUAUGGUACUCAAUUCAUUUGCAAUGCCAAGCAUGAUAAUCAGGAAAGUUUAUGGGAAUCUGGCUUUUUUGGCUUGAAUGUCUUUGCACAAGGUAAAAAGAAAAGGUUACAGGAAAUAUCAGAAAUGAAUCGUGUUGAAAGUACUGACCAACUUGGAAAAAAUCAAGCCAAAGAACAUGUACAACAUCACAAAAAGUAUACAGUUAUGAGAACUGCAAAAGGUCAACCUUACUUGUUAAAGACAGGUUUAGGAUUGGAUGAAAUCAAAGAAGUUCAAAACGAAUUUAGUUCAAUUCGUUUGAGAUUUUGUUGUAAAUGGAAGGAAAUUGAAGACCACUUUGGUUUGGGUGUAAGACUGUACUUUGACUUUGGUCGUUUAAUUAUCAUUUUGAAUGCCCUACUGCUAUUUUUCCAAUUAAUCAACUUUAUUCCUCAUCUUGUUAUUGACUCUAUUUAUAUUGAGACUUUUUCAAACUUUUUCAAGGGAGAAUUCUCUAACUAUGGUGGUCUUAUUGAUAUCUUAUAUGGUAGCAGUUAUUCUCCACAACUUUAUUGGUUGUGGGUUGCGACAAACAUAUUAUGUAUUGUUGCCACACUAGGUUUUGGACCAUUGUAUUGGUUCAUUGUCAGAAGAAGUUUCCAAAAACGUGACGUAUACGAUAUGGAAGAACAUGAUCUUGCCGAAGCAUUCGAUCGUGAUGCAGAUAUUAUUAAGGAAAAUUUAUCUACAACCAGAUGGCACAGAUUGGGAAGAUAUUUUGUCAGUUAUUCCCUCUUCAUUCUCUUCAUGUUAAUUUCCUGUGCCAUUACAGUUGGUUUUACAAUUCUUCAAAAUUUCACAACCAUCUAUGAAGCUGCUGAUGCAGUAUUUUCUCAAAAUACCCUUUAUUUGACUUUGAUUUCUAUUGCCAUUUCAGUUGUGAUUGGUUUGGUCAAUUUUUUGUGGAAGAAGAUUUGUAUCAGUUUGACCAACUUUGAAAAGCAUCACACAUGGUCAGGAUAUCGUUCUCACAAUACUUUCAAGUACUUAUUUUUCAAACUUUUCAACGUCUUCUUUAUGGGUUUUACUAAGGGUUUAUUCAACGUUCCAUGUGUUAUUCGUACAUUGGGUAAUCAGUAUUUAAUCCAAAUGUUGUUGGACUUUUUAGUUUUCAAUGCUAUUGAAUUGGUAGUUCCAUAUGUUUCAUACUUUAUUUCAAAGAGAAGAAACAAAGGCAGUGACGAAGGUGUUAGACCUGACUUUGACGUCUCUGAAGAAUAUUUGGAAGUCAUUUAUAGACAAUACCUUAUUUACAGUGGUAUGGCUAGCUUCCCAAUGAUUACAUUGAUUGCCUUGGUUGCUUCAAUUCUUGAAUUAUAUUUGGACAAGUGGAGAUUAGUUAAAUUAUGUAAGAAACCACCAAUGACCAAUGGUAGUGUCAAGACAGUAGUCAGUUUCUUCCUUACUUGUUCUGCUGUUCUUCCAAUAUUGAAUUGGGGAGGAGGUAAUGUCUAUCCAAUGGUUGGAGUUUAUUGGUGUAAUACUCCUAACAAUUUAGAAUGUGAACCAUGCAGAGUUUUGAAUGGAGCUGAAUACUAUAUUGAUAACUUUGUCAAUAUGAUGUAUGGAUACAGUUAA